CUGCAGAAUGAAGAGGAGCCAGGGGAGGCUGCAGCGGUGGUGAACGAUGCUCCUCCGCCCUACAGCAGCAUCUCUGCAGACAGCACAGCCUAUUUUGACUACAAGGAUGACUCAAGCUUCCCCAAACCUCCAUCCUACAACGUGGCCACCACCCUGCCCAGCUACGACGAGGCCGAGAGAACCAAGGCUGAGGCCACGAUCCCCUUAGUGUCUGGGAGGGAUGAGGACUUUGAUGACACUGACCAGCUGAGGAUAGGGAAUGAUGGCAUUUUCAUGCUGACUUUCUUCAUGUCUUUCUGUCUGACUACUUCAGCUGCAGGACGAUACGGGGCCAUUUCUGGCUUUGGGCUGUCUCUUAUUAAGUGGAUCCUUAUUGUCAGGUUCUCCACCUAUUUUCCUGGAUACUUUGAUGGACAGUAUUGGCUUUGGUGGGUCUUACUUGUACUAGGUUUUCUGCUGUUCCUCAGAGGAUUUAUUAACUACGCAAAGGUUAGGAAGAUGCCAGAUACAUUUUCCACCCUCCCCAGAACCAGAGUUCUCUUUAUUUACUGAAGAUGUUUUCUGGCAAAUGUCUUCCUGCAUUAGUGAAUUCCCCCCGAGAAGCAGCAGGACACCUGCAGGAAGUGAAUCAAGGCUCUGGAGCAGAAGAAAAAGUAAUCACCUGCUUUAAAAUAAAUAAAUAAAAGUACUGUUGAAAAAAAAAAAAAGACAAUAGGAGAAGCAUUUCUUUCUAUUUGUUUUUAGGUGUAAACUUUGACUAAUUAACGCAGAGUUCUGUAAUUGUUGAAUCAUUAGUGGCUAAUGUUUGAACAGCUAUUGCAGUGGAGUCUGUGCCGUGCUAAUAAAGCCUUACAGCGAUAGUUUGUCGUGGUUUGGGUAGCAUGAGCCCUGGCCCUGGGGCCAGCAGGGGCCAGGCUUGCUUUGUUUGCUCCUCCAGCCUGGGAGCUGCCUAGGCUCUGGCUGUCCUGUGCAGCCCGUGUG